AUGGAGGGCCUGGGCGGAACCGGAGAGAGCUUCCGCACCCAGGAGGAGGAGGUCGUGAAAGUAGAACUUCUCAAUGCGGUGAUCCCUUUUUCCCUCCUCCCUGACCCUGUAUCACCCCCCUCCCCCCCAUCUACAAUCUCUUUCACACUGUCCGCUGUCAUCAACUCUAACUACUUCCUCAUCAAGCUUCAAAAUUCCGACCACAAGUUCCUCUUCCCCAGCACCUCCUGCAUGCACUACCUGCACUGGACGCCACGUUCACUUUCCAGAUCGUCUAGUCACUCACCUUGUUUAUAA